AACUAUGCGCCUGCGGCAGCCGGCUCUGCUGCGGGUGGGGCAGCUGGCUUCCCGCAAGCGCAGCAGCAGCACCCGGGCUGCGACUGGUGGGAUUUACCGGUCCCGGGCUUCCGCACGCAUCUCAUCGGCCUCUGUCUUCUUCCACGUCUUCCUCCACUCCCUCGUCUCCCCUCUUCAUCUCAUCUGACCCACGCGGGGGAUCAGGAUGCGAUGAUGGCAUGUGCGGGCUCACGUGGCGCAUGCUCUGCCGUCGGGCCGUCGGCAUCCAGAGGCACAGCUACUGUCGUCAGCCGGGGCUCGGCCUCGGCCACAGCCACCGCCGGCGCUGGAAACAGCGGUUCGGCUCAUGCCCCGUCCUCGUCCACAUCAUUUUCGCGUGUCUUCCCCAUAGUCAGCCACGGCGGCGUCGCUGUUGCACAAGCCGUGCGGCAGCGCGGCGACCUUGUGGCGGCCUCGGUGCGGCACGGGUCUUCUGGGGGAACAAGGUCAAUCCUUGUUCUCAACGCAGCCACUGGUGUUACCGGUGGCAACAGUUCUAUUUCUGGGCAGGGCAUCAGUGGCAGUGGCAGCAGCAACAAGUCCGCUGACACAAAGGAACACUGUUGUGGUGUUGGUGGGGCACAGGAUGCAGUCUGUGCAUCUGCCCCCAACAUGGUUGCAGCUCUUUCGCCGUCUGCCCCCAUCUCCCCCAGCACUCCCCCGUCGACUCAGCGGACACUCACCUAUGCCACAAGGCCUUGCUCUGGAGCGCCUGGCAAGCGCCUGGCACUGGCACAGACCCUUGGCACAUGUGCUGCCGAGUGUCAACCGGUACACUCUGCGAGAGCUCAAGAUCCAAAACAUCCUGCAAAACCCGCGGCUGCGGCACGAGGUGCUGUUUGAGCCCAAGCUCGAGUUCCGGCCAAACACCAGCGGCAACAUGGCCGAUACCAAGCACGUGGCGACACAGCAGUACUGGGCAGCCAUCGAGAAGGGCAUGAGCGGCUGGAACCCGAAGGCGCUUCACACCGGAGACUGCCGCAUGUUGUGUGGGGCUGCAGAUCUGUCGAUGGUCCCGGUUCUGCUGGCAGAGAUCCGCGAGAUUCUGGCUGAGAUGUCGGAGGA